AUGAAGCAGUGUCUAGUGUCUACUGUACCUCUGCCUGUUGAUACUGCUGGAUAUAUAGUUGAUGAUGUCCAACUCUGUUCGAUUGGUAUUUCCUUCGUUGAUAAAUGGGUCAGGGAAGAGCAGUUGGGAUUUGGCUAUUCUAUUCUGUUUGGCCAGAUACUAGGUUAUGCAUGCUUUACUGAUAUCAUUGUGGAUCUUUCGAUCUUGGGAAAGAAGCCCACAUGGAAGAUCGGUUCCUCUUUUUCCAUUAAGAAAAGCUCACGAGCCUUACCGAAAGUUCAGAUUGAUGAUGAUGUGGACUUCAUUGAUGAGGACAGCCUCUUGACUGAAGAGGACCUCAAGAAACCCCAAUUACCACCUGUGGGUGAUUGUGAAGUUGGGAGCACAAAGAAAGCUUGCAAAAAUUGUACUUGCGGACGAGAGGAAAAAUGUGGUCUUGGUGAUGUUUUUGGAUGUGGUACAUGUCCGUAUAAUAAGGGCCUUCCUCCAUUUAAGCUAGGCGAAAAGUUGCUUGCUAACAUCUCAAGAAUUCUAAAACCUGAUGGAACUAUCCUUCUUUAUUCGACCCCUGAAACUUCUCAGGGGCACAAGAUUCCAAAAAACGAGACGGCGAAUGAAGUUCUCCACGAAACAAUCCGACCAAACGGCGCCGUUUACAGGGAACCCUCAAUGACGUCGGCGGCAGCGGGAAUAUAUCCGGAUCGGGUUGGAUCCAGACCCGGCCACAGCGGGAGAAAAAUGGGCCGUAUUGGAGCAAAAUCGCCGGGGAAAAUGGACGGGUCGGGAGGGAGGACCCGAAAGGCGGCGGGUUCUAAAGGCGAGAUGACGUGGUCACCGACAGGCGGUGAGCUGCUUGAUAUUACUAAGAGCUUGGGUUGGUUACAUAAUGUGGGCAAGAAACAGAGCAAAAGCUUGUACUUGAGAAUAAGAGCUGAGAUUAAAAGGGCUGUGAAAGGGAGCAAAAAGCAGGUGAAAUUCCAAUAUGAUCCCCACAGUUACUCUUUGAAUUUUGAUGAUGGAUUUGAAUAUCAAGAAACUGUGGGCUUUGAGGGAGUAAAAUUCAAGGGGUGGCAAGAAAGGACUGUAUGGGUUUAUAUUGUUUUUGCCUAG